UUUCUGGCAAUUUUAUCAUUGCCCAUACCAUUUUUUUGCCAAUUAUUCUUUAAAUUCGUCUGUUAACACUGAUUUAUUGCUAAUUUUAACUUUGCCCGUAAAUCUCAGCGGUGAUUGAUCUGGUUUGAGCUUACUGCUGGCUGACUCGGUUUAGUUUUGGUUUGAUUUCGGGUUUAGAAUAAUUGGUUGUGUAUUUAUCUCUUUAAUUGAGUCUCAUGGAUAUUACUUGUUCAAAUCAUUGUUAAUGUAGUGAAAUCCCCGUGUAUAAUAAUCUGUAAUAUUUAAUGAAGUUUCAACCCUUUCUUUAUGCAGUUUCUUUCUAGUUCAGUAAACUAUUUAAGUUUUUCGCACUCCAAAUUCAGUUUUCUUUAGUAUUUUGUCAAAUUCAGUUCUUUUUUCUCUCAAAUUCAGCUUUUCGUAAUUUCAGCACUCAAAUUCAGUUUCUGUUUAGUUCAGUAAUCAAAUUAAGUGUAGUAAAUUAAAUACAGAUUUGAAAAAAUGGAGUUGAAAAGAGGUUUGAUGAAUGUAUAUGAAAUAUUGAAUAAUAACAAGAAGAAUGCAAGUUUGUACUAUAAUCGUUUAACUGUUGUCAAUAACCUGAGGCGUUAUCAGAACAGCCACUGCUGGAUACACGAAACUACACACCCGAUCCAACCGUUCCCCAAUACUCUCAAAUGUCACUGCUAUCAACAUAAUAACACGGUUGGUGGUGCUGGUGACGAAAAUAACGGUUUGGGGAAUCCUAAUACUGGUUACUUGGUCAGUGGUAACACAUUUGGUGUUAAUGGUGCUGGCCAUGGCACCCUACCUGAGGAAUGUGAUGAAGUACAGUAUGUGAAGAAGAUACUGAGUGAAAUAUUAUAUAAUAAUAUGAUAAUAGACUUUACCUCAUCACAGUGUAUAUCAAUAAUCUACAAUAAUCACUUGUACUUAUACUCAAAUUUAUCCACAUGCAAGUACGCAAAUGUGGUGAAUGGUGGAAAUGUGACCAACUGCAAUGAGUGUAAAGUUGUAGAAAACGUACAAUUUACACGUGAGCAGGUCCAAAAGGCACUUUACGAAAUAGUUGAAAGAGGCGAGGAUAACAAGUAUGGCCUAACACUGUUGGAGCACUCAAGUGUGCCAAACCUGCUUGAGGGUAUCGAUAAAGUACAAAGCUCCGUCAAAUCCAUAGGUAUUCUCGAAGGUCUCAUACAGACUAAUAAUGGCAAGAAGUCAGAUAUUGACAAUAUCAACGUCAUACACUGUGACAUUCUCCUUGACGACGUUAAUAGUGUUGGUAAUAUCAGUAAUAGCGCUAGUGGUAGCAGCACUGUGAGAAGCAUCGAUGAAAAUAUGGAAAAUCCUCUUACCUUCAAUUUUACUGGUAAUUCUGGUAAUGUUGGUAAUUCUGGUAAUGCUGGUAAUAUCGGUGGUAAUUUUAGUGCUGGUGUUGUGGAUCCUACUAUUUCUCCUAGGUUUGGACCUGACACCGUAGCGGAAUGUGUAAAAUAUGCAAAGAGUUUAAUUGAGAAGGCGUGUGAUGAGUUGAAUUCAAUAUGUAGUUCUUUGGUGAAUCAGCUGAAUUCAUACUGUCAGCCGCCACUGAACAUCUCAAUAAGGUUUUUGGAACACUUCAUGUGUUUUGAGUACCUGAUUGAGUACAGCUGUGAUUUGAAUAGUUUGCAAAAUACAAUUUACGGCAUGAGUUACAUUAAUAAGGAGAACGUCAUUCUACACGAACUCAUACAGCCGAAUUUACUCUCGAAAAACACUAUUCUGCACACCUUUAACCUCUUGCUAAAUCGCAUCAAAUUAUACAUCACCAGCAAGACCACCAACGCAAUGGACACUACUACAAUCGAUGACCCAGUUGAGAAUACUAAUAUUUUGGACGCUCGUAACGCUAUGGACACCGAUAACGCAGUUGAUGUGGAUGGGGUGUUGGAGGGUGAGAUAGGAACACCGUCACCGAACAAGAAUAACUACAUCACGAGCAACGAUAUAAUGAGAUCACUGAAGAUGUGUGAGACUAAGAUUGUUGAUUCUUCAGAUCCGAACAGCGUCAGUAACAGUAAUACAAACACUUUCAACACCAAUUCUGAAAACGUCUCACCCACCACCCACUCCUACACCACAAACAGUGGUGUGGUUGUCAGUGACGACUUUAAAACCCAUGAUGAUUCUGUUAUCACGAGUAAACACAUACCUGACACCGCUAAUGGAGAUACUACAGAGAACAACACCAACAUAAUUAGUGACUCAACUGACCCGUUACUUACCGCUGAUGCUAAUGAUGUUGUUAAUGAUGUUGUUAAUGAUGUAGCACCUGAGCCGGUAAUGGAAGAGCGUGUAAUGGAUAUCAUGCCCUACUGGUGGAGGUUUUAUGUGGAUGAUAACACGUUGGGUGAAGGUGAAAUCAAUGGCAGGUACGAAUCGAUGGGAAUAAGACGUUUCACACGUUCAUAUUUGAAAGAAGAAUCGAGUACGCCAAAGAAUAAAAAGCACACCAACGGAGCUAACUACCUGUUAACUCGGUCAGCCUCUUCAGACUUUAGCACCAAAUCCAAUAUUAACCUCAACUCAUCAAGAGAAACCCUAACACCCACUGAUCUCUCAACUAACACGCAAGCCAACGAAGUUCUACCUUGCUUCUGCACCAACUGUAUUAAUUACAUUUCAAACAUUACGAGAAUUCUUCAUGACGGUGACAGUUGCGGUGAUACUGAGGAUAAAAUUGACACAACAGAUGUUGGGUUGGGAAGAAGUUUGACUGGUAGGUUAUCAGGUGAGUGUAAUGUGUCAGGAGUUGGAUCAUUUGAGACUAUGAACAGUGAUUUAGAAUCAGAUGAUAGAAUAGUUAAUGGCCUGAGACGUUCAAUAAGAACAGCGUUGGAAGUUGGGUCCGCCAUUAAAAAGAAAAUCAGCUCUGACUACAAGCCACUAAUUGAUACGCUUAACGUUGCUCUACUCUCAACCUUCAGACUUGGAGAAUAUCUUUUCACACAGUCUCCCAACAAUCAGCUCUCCAGUCAAGGUGUUGGUAACGGAUCCAGCCAUCAACUUUCCAGUCAUGGAGUUGGGCAGGGGCCUGGUCUGGGAUAUCAGGGUUCAAACGGACUAGGAUAUCAAAGAUCAGUUUCUCAAGGACUAGAAUACAUUAAUCCGCCCUUUGGCACCUGUCGCUCAAUUAAUUCAUUCACUCCAUCACACCAAUCACACACUAACAGAUCACACGAGUCGCAUUUGGAUAGCAUGGAAAUCAUAGAGGAACUAGAGGACACUGUGGGUGAAUUGAUAUACCUGGACAUUGGAGUGGAUAGUGUGAGGAGCACAUUUGAGAAUGACCAGUAUUUAAACUACGACAUCAUGAGCGAAGAUGACGGGUCGUCGUUCACGUCGGUGAGUUCAGCGAGUCCAAAGAUGUUUAACAAGAGGAAGAGCCCGAGCAGGAGUAGGAGAGCAUACAGGAGUUUAAGUAGUUUGGAGAACUUGCCAAGCAGUCGCAGAAGCACCAGGGACCUUUCGCAAACUGACGACAUGUACAUUUACGACAUGAAUAAUUUAAGCGACAAGGGUGAAUUUGAAGACUGGUACAACGAGGACAGUGACUCCAGCAAGAAGAGCGUAAAGUAUGUCCAAAAGAGAAUGCCCCCCAGCAGACCUUCAGUUAGCAAUUUAACUGAGAUUUACGGUUCUCAGGACAUGCUAAUUCCCAUGGGCCCCUUACCUAUUGGUGUUUACUUUGAUGCUUCUCGUAAGCUCUGGCGUUGUCAAUGGCGUGAAAACGGUAAAUUCCGCACCAAGGGCUUCUCUUUGGGACACUACAACACUCUUGCUGACGCUCGCCAUGCUUGCAUUGUUUUCAGAUGCCAGGUUGGUAACAUGAACAUUCAGCCUGAGUGGCUGACUCCCAACUACAUUAAGGUGUCGGAAUUGCUCAACAGGAGAUCUUCUCAGCCUAGCAACAACACCCCUAAGAAGUCCAAUCGCAAGAAGAAGCGCCAAGAAGAUUUAUACGAACCCUUCUCAUAA